AUGAAUGGGAACGGCGCCGCUCCGGUGGCCGCGGCGAGAAGACAACGUCCUAUGCCCACCGAAAGGUCUGCAGUCACUUCUAACGAGACAGGACUUCUAAUAAAUGUAAUUCGUUCUUUGACUUCUUCAGUUUCGGAAGAUCAGAGAGAAGUUGAGAAAUCAAGAUUAGAGAAAGGAUAUAAAGAAUCGGGAGUUCUCAUUGACCGCUUGGUUAAAAAUCAUCAACAGGACGUAGAAAAAUGUCUGGUAUCUUUUCGAGAUGUUUCUUCCAAAAUUUCCAAUUGUCGAGAAAGAAUACACAAUGUUCGAAAUGCACUUCACACGGUUAAAAGUUUAUUGGAGCUCAGAAGAGAUGACCUGAAAAAGUUAUGGCAUGAGAAUGCACAGCAAAAGUCUGUUUGCGAAAUAAUGGCCAAACUAGAAGAGCUUCGAGAAGCGCCAUCAAAAAUCGAGAAUCUUAUAUCAAAGGAACAAUAUCAGCAAGCUGCGGACACGGUUACAGAGUCGAGAGAUUUGAUAAAUGGUCGGCUAUCUCGAGUAGAAGGUCUUUCACAUCUAUCUGCAGAAAUCGAACGAUUCACCAAAAUUCUCAUCGACAGAAUAAAUGACAGCCUGGUCAACAUGUUGGUUGUUGAACCAUUCGAGAAGCAUCUUCUUCAUAUUCUUCGAACCAUUCCUGAACAUCGGAUCAAUCAAAAUUCAUAUUGCCUCUCGCUUCUGACCAAAUCACGAAACAAUUCUGGUUCUGGAUCAUCAUUUAACAACGCUAAAGCUAAAUCUCGGAUAGUGUCUUCUGUAGGAGCUCUGUCAACAAUUCUAAGGACUUCAGAGGAGAGGAAUUGGGAUGUGGACAGACUAAUGAUGCUAGGAAAAAACAUGAUUGACAAAAUGUUAUCUGCUCAAUUCGAUUCCGCCAGUCAGCAACAUGCUGAAUUUGGAGUUUUAGUAGAGAAAAAAUUGGGAAGAAUUGAUGUUCUCACGUCGUUUUGGAGAUCUGCACAAUCUGCUAUUGAGGUUGUAGUUUCGGAGCAUCUCGAUAUUAAUCCACUACUCGAAAAGCAAAAUGUAUUGGUAACAGUCAAUCGGAAACAGCUUUUCCGUUUUGAAAACACUGCAUGUGCCGCUCCGAAUACAAAUUCUUCCAGUCAUCAAGCAAAAGCAUUGAUAUGCAAACCAUCUGCGUAUAAUAUCAAAGUGAUUUUUCCAAUUCUUAGUCGAAUGAUGGAAACAACGGAGAAGAAUAUAAACGAUUCGCCAUGUGAAUUACGACGGUUCAUGCAUUCAUUCGUAAUGCGAGUGUUUGUUGAACGAGUUAAAGGAGAACUUGCAUCAAGGAUCGAAGGAGCUUUGAGAGGAGGAGAAGCUGUUAGAAUUUCCACGAAUAAGAAAAUUCUGCCAUCAUGUGAGAAAGUAUUGAGUUUGUGUAAAGAUAUACACGACUUGAUAAUUUCAAUCGAUCUUUAUGCUGAUCGAUUCGCUGCUCUCUGGAUUCUCGUUCUCACCGAUUACUUCAAAAAUAUGACAGAUGUUUAUGAAAAGAUGACUCCGAAAACAUCAGAUCCUUCACUUCCUUCGUCAGACACUAUUCCUACUAGAUGUCAGAAAAUCUCAGCUGCUUGGACAGCUGAUGACGAUAUUUCACGUCUUCUGAUGAGUCUCCCUAACUGGCAUACUGCUUCGAUUUCUCCAAUGACUCCAGCGGCUGAAAGUGAACAUGAUGUUGGGGAACGAAACAAGAGAGAAUCAGAGAUUCUGAUUGGAAAUCUUGGGACUCAAGCUCACAAUAGUUUGAAUGAGAGUAAUUUGAUAAUUGAUAUGAACGAUAUCAAAAUGUUUGCCAGUCUACAUGAAUCUCUGCGAUGGUUUAGUGAAGAAAUUCGUGAACUCGUUCAUUCUCUUCCUGCUAAUGUAAAAAUGAUGCUCGAUACAUGUAUGGUUCAAGUUCAAUUAAAAGAUGGCCAAAUGAUAGAUAAUAACUCCGUACCUUCUGCAAUCGAAGAUUGCGUCCGCCGUCUUGAAUCUAUCGCCGACUCUUGUCUUUUACUCCUACAUAUCGAAAUCCGUGUUCACUGUUUUUUCCACCUUGCUCCAUUAGCUAAAUAUCGUAAUACAUCGUCUCAUAACGAAGUGGAUCCAGAAGUUGUUGCUCUUGGAAAGGAUCUUCAUCAAUUCCAUGACAACCUGAAAGAUGUUCUAUCGCCUUCAAAAUUAGCUUACGUUUUCGAUGGCCUUGGUCAUCUUUGUGCAUCGUUGUUCAUUCACUACAGUCAAUUCAUGCCACGCCUUACCGAAGCUGCCAAAAAACGAGUUUGUCGAAACGUUUGGGGAGUUCAACAAAGACUAUCGAGAAUCACAAACCGCCGAGAAUUGGAUCUAGAUAGAGCUCGUGCAUUCUUCGAUUUGUUGCUAGAUAACACGCCAGAUGGAAUUUUGGCUAUUGUUCCAGAGAAAAGAUCCUUAUUCACGGCAACAGAACUCAACUAUCUUCUUGCUUUAUCCGUUCGUAGUGAUAAAGCACUCUCCAAUCAACCAGGCGCACUCGAAAAACGACAAAUGAUACUGAACUCUAUUCUCAAUCAAAAGAAAUAA